AUGGAUCAAAUGGGCGGCCAGAAAGCCACUGAUAGUAAGUAUGCAGCUCGAAGAAGAGAAGGAGAAAAUAUCCUCGCUGUAGGGUUUGCCGUUCAAAUACUAUUCCUCAUCCUAUUCAUGGCGAUUUCUGGGAUAUUCCAACAUCGUGCUGCCAAGGGGCUCCCGCUACGAUCUUGCAGCCCAGCCAUCAACUGGCGGAAAUAUCUCCUGGUAAACCAUAUCGCGAACAUGUUUAUUCUUGUCCGAUCCAUUUACCACUUGAUAGGAUAUGGUCAGGGUUAUAAUGGCGAACUACGCUCCACGAAGGCCUACUUUUACGCCUUUGACGCCCUCUUGAUGCUUGUCGUCAGUGUCAUAUUCAACAUCUUCCAUCCGUUAACAUACGUGAAUGAGGCAAAAAACAGAACGGAUUCACAAAUUCCGUUAGCCUAUACGAACGGUGUACCACUUGCCCUGUCGUCGCAGGUCGUCAAUACGAAUCUGGCCGGAUUCCAGGCUGUUGAAAAGGGGCCUAAAGCUGGACCAUGGUAUUUGGAUUUUCAGAACGGUUUCGCAAAAGACAAUAAUGAUACCAAUAUCCGUGGUGAUAUUCGUAAUGGAAUAAUAAGUCCAGAAAGCGGUUCGGUCGAUACAUCUUUUGUCAUUGGCGUAUAUCCAUGGCGCGAAAGUUUAUUGGUUCUUAAAGAUGAGCAUCACAAGUCACGAAACGCCAUUCGGGCAUGGCCAAGGUCAACAACAACCGCCCGUGAACGGCUUAUCAGCCUUGACUAA